AUGAGCAAGGUUCGUUCUUUAGCUUUGAUCCAGCCAUUGCGGUUGGGCUCAGUGCUCAAUGGCGGGUUUGGUGCCCCUGCAGUCAGAAACUACCACUUUGAUCUGCUCAAUCUGAAGAUAGGCUACACCACGACAGUGGAAAACCAUCCUGAUUCAGAGAAAUUGUAUGUUUCCCAAAUCAAGCUGGACCAGGCUGGUAGAGUGAAGCAAAUCUGCAGCGGCAUCCGCGACUACGUAUCUCGUGAGUCUUUGCAAGGAAGCCUAGUCGUGGUCGUCGAUAAUAUGAAGAAAUGCAAAUUGCGUGGUCAAAUCAGCGAAGGGAUGAUUAUCUGUGGUGAGAGUGCCUCAGAGAAUCUAGUGAGUCCAUUCACACUUGCCAAGUUCGAUUCUAGUCUCAUCGGCAAAACAGUGGUUCUGGAAUCCGCUAGCGGGCCAGCGAGCGAGCCAACCACCAGAAGGAUCAAAUCCCAGGAAUGGGAAGAUAUAUCCUCUAGGAUGAAGGUGGGAGAGGGUGGGAGGAUAACCUACCGGGACGAAAACACUAUGGCGGAGACGUAUUUAUCUGUGUAUGAUACCGAUGGCGAGCCGGUUCCGGUGAUUGUUAAGGGUCUACCAGCUGGCAGUGCAGUUAAAUAG